GGAAGCGGUUCUUUGAAGAGUUAGACAGAGAUGGUGAUGGCGAAGUCACUCUAGAAGAUCUCGAAAUUGCAAUGAGGAAGAGGCGGUUACCAAGGAGGUAUGCUCGAGAAUUGUUCCGCCAUACAAGAAGCAACUUCUUUUCGGAAAUCAAUUGGGUGGAAGCAAUUUUUAUCCUUGAUGGAACAGAAGGAGGCAACCAUUCUCCGAGCAUAUACCACGUUGUGUUUGAGCAAGUCUGGAACACUUCACAAGAAUCAAAUUUGACUUCCUUGAAAGGUGCUGGACUUUCGGCCAAUGAAGAUAAUGCGCUGCCAUGCUCACGGUAUUUAAAUUCUGAUUCAGAAGGAUCAAUCUCAUAUGGCCAUUUCCGGAACUUCAUGCUUCUACUUCCUUCAGAACGCCUUGAGGAUGAUCCUCGGAACAUAUGGUUUGAAGCUGCUACUGUUGUUGCUGUUACUCCACCUAUAGAAAUAUCCACAGGAAGUGUUUUGAAGUCUGCUUUAGCUGGAGGUCUUGCAAGUGCGCUCUCUACCUCUCUGCUGCAUCCUAUUGAUUCAAUGAAGACCGUCUCCAAGCAUCUACGCUCUCAUUUCCAGAGCUCAUUUCAAAGCUUCCACAAAUUGGGCUUCGGGAUUGUAUCGAGGUUCUAUCCCAGCAAUUCUUGGCCAGUUUUCAAGGCUCACAAUUCAAAUCCUAUCAUUUGCAGCCAUGGUUUGAGGACAGGAAUCUUUGAAGCAAGCAAGCUUGUAUUAAUUAAUGUUGCUCCAACACUUCCAGAGAUUCAGGUGCAAUCAAUGGCUUCCUUCUGCAGCACAGUCCUAGGGACUGCAGUCCGUAUCCCUUGUGAGGUUCUUAAGCAGCGUUUGCAGGCUGGAAUCUUCAACAAUGUAGGGGAGGCAAUUGUUGGCACCAUGAGACAAGAUGGUCCAAAGGGAUUUUCCGUGGCACUGGGGCCACACUCUGUCAUGAGGUUCCUUUCUAUGUUGCUGGAAUGUGCCUCUAUGCAGAAGCUAAGAAGUACUACUAUGCCUUGCAUAUUGACAUAUCUAAUGAUGACCGCCUUGGUUUUGCAGGCAGCACAACAUAUUUUGAAGAGAGACUUGGAAGCAUGGGAAACAGUGGCAGUUGGGGCAUUGUCUGGAGGACUUCAUGCGGCAAUAGUGACCACUCCCUUUGAUGUGAUGAAGACACGGAUGAUGACUGCCCCUCCAGGCACACCAGUGUCUAUGCAGAUGAUAAUCUUCUCCAUCCUUCGAAAUGAGGGUCCACUUGGACUCUUUAAGGGCGCGAUCCCCCGCUUCUUCUGGAUUGCUCCUCUUGGAGCAAUGAACUUUGCAGGCUAUGAGCUUGCCAAGCAGGCGAUGAUCAAAGAUGAGAACAAGUCCAGUGAGUCAACACAAGAGAACUUGCCAAGAAAGCAGUGA